CCUCGCCCGCGCCGCGCCGCGAUGUCUGAUGUGGUGGCCAAGGCCGGGCAGGCGUACAUGAAGCAGCUCGGCGCGCACCCGCUCCGCACCAAGGCCAUCACCUCCGGGGUGCUGGCCGGCUGCAGCGACGUCGUCGCCCAGAAGAUCUCCGGCGCCAAGAAGCUCCAGUUCAGGAGGGUCCUCCUCAUCAUGCUCUAUGGACUUGCAUAUGCGGGACCCUUGGGCCAUUUUCUCCACAAGCUUAUGGACAAGAUAUUCCACGGACAGAAAGGAAAAGAAACUACAGCCAAGAAGGUCAUAGUGGAGCAGCUAACUGUAUCGCCAUGGAACAACUUGAUGUUCAUGAUGUAUUACGGUUUGGUGGUCGAAGGGAGGCCAUUUGGGCAAGUAAAGAGCAAGGUGAAGAAGGACUUUGCAAACAUCCAGAUGACAGCUUGGAAGUUCUGGCCAAUAAUUAGCUGGAUCAACUAUGAGUACAUGCCACUUCAGCUCCGAGUUCUGUUCGCCAGCUCCGCUGCGUCAUGCUGGGGAGUGUUUCUGAAUGUGAAAGCAGCAAGAUCAUCAUCCAUUGCCGGCGCUAGUAAGAAUGCAUAAAUGAAGGAAGGAAGGAAGGAAGGAGCUAGUGCUACACUACAUAUCUAGCUUAAUUAGCCACUAGUGCUUUGCUCAUUUCAUUUCACCGCUCUUUGUAUUUAUGUUUCAAUUUGAACCGCCCCAUCAUGGAUGUACUGAUCAUUCGAGAACAUGGAGUGAGUCUAUCAACAAGACGUCAGUUUGUUUUGCUGCCCA